GCAGGCAGUCAGCAUGCACUUCCUGACAGCGAGACUGGUGCUUGGAGUUUGAAAUUAGUUUCUGCUCGGCAGCAGUCACCUAAGCCUUUUACAUUUACCUCUCUCAAUGGAAGGGUUAAAAAAAAAAAAAGACCUGCAGCAUAAUAGUGAACUAAGCAAGAAGUGAACUUAAGGGAGAAUCGGAUGCAAACUUCCAUACUGUUGGGACUCAGUGAUACAGAUCACCGAGAUGAAAUGUGAUGAUGAUCAGAAUCUGCAUCUGUGAGAGCGCAAACCAGCAUCUCUGAGUUUGAAACCUUAUUUUACAACAGCAAACUGCUCUGAACGACUGUCUGCCGCAGUGCUGCCUUAUUUUUCUUUUCUUCCCAAACUGAAAAGCAAAAGGAGGAUUUCAGAGGAAUGCAAAAAGGACAGUUUUAAAAGCAGGAAGCUGAGAGGGUUUCUGCGUAAGAUGAAUUUCACCCAGCAUCGUGGGACACUCCAGCCUCUCCAUUUCUGGAACCACAGCAACGGACUGCACAGGGGUGCCAGCGAGCCCAGUGCAAAGGGCCACUCCUCGGGAGGCUGCUAUGAACAACUCUUUGUAUCCCCUGAAGUGUUUGUGACUCUGGGCAUCAUCAGCUUGCUGGAGAACGUCUUGGUCAUUGUGGCAAUAGCCAAGAACAAGAACCUCCAUUCACCCAUGUACUUCUUCAUCUGUAGCUUGGCAGUGGCUGACAUGCUAGUGAGUGUAUCUAAUGGAUCAGAAACUAUUGUCAUCACGCUGCUAAACAAUACAGAUACAGAUGCACAGAGCUUUACCAUAAACAUUGACAAUGUCAUUGACUCAGUGAUUUGCAGUUCCCUGCUUGCAUCAAUUUGCAGUCUCCUCUCAAUAGCAGUGGACAGGUAUUUUACUAUCUUUUAUGCCCUCCAGUACCAUAAUAUCAUGACGGUCAAGCGCGUAGGGGUCAUCAUCACAUGCAUUUGGGCUGCUUGCACUGUCUCAGGCAUUUUGUUCAUUAUUUACUCUGACAGUAGCGUUGUCAUCAUCUGCCUUAUCAGCAUGUUCUUCACCAUGCUCAUUCUCAUGGCAUCCCUUUAUGUUCACAUGUUCAUGAUGGCUCGGAUGCACAUCAAGAAGAUAGCAGUUCUACCAGGGACUGGCCCCAUUCGCCAGGGGGCCAACAUGAAAGGGGCCAUCACUCUCACUAUACUCAUUGGAGUUUUUGUUGUGUGCUGGGCCCCGUUUUUUCUGCACCUCAUUUUCUACAUCUCCUGCCCCUACAACCCUUACUGUGUUUGCUUCAUGUCCCACUUUAACUUCUACCUUAUCCUCAUCAUGUGCAAUUCCAUCAUUGAUCCACUUAUCUAUGCAUUUCGGAGUCAGGAGCUCAGGAAAACAUUCAAAGAAAUUAUAUGCUGCUGUAGCUUGAGAGGGCUUUGUGAUUUGCCUGGCAAGUAUUAGACUGAAGUGGAUAUGUUACUGUGUAUUCAGCAUACAGCACGGUCUUCUAAGCCAUUAGAAUACUUUUUCGUGAGAACUUGGGUUACGUGUUUAAGAGCAAACACUUCUUUCUCUUUUCCUUCCCUCCCAUCUUUGUAUCCCAUUUAUGUGUAAUUCAUAUUUCUGUAUAGUGUUUGUGAUGUCUAUAGUUUGUAAUUCAUUUGGCUAGGAAGAGAAAAAAAGUAGCACUUCAUAGCAGUUUGUAAAUGAGUAAAUAAAUGUAAUGCUGAUUGUGAAAUACUAACAAAUAUGAGCAGCUGUAUGUUCCAACUGCUGACAAAAUAAAAAACUUGCCUGAGUCACAGUGCAUAUUGGUUGAUAAUGUUCCUUAUUCCGCUGAAGUAAUUAUAGCUAUUCAUUAUGCUGUGUACAACUUAAAAUAGAGCUUAUGCUUCUCUAUUAGUGGAUUAGAGGUUCGCUAGAAUUAAGAGGCAAAUUUGUCACGAGAAUUACUGGAAUCAAAGGGUUGUGUUCAUUUAUUUUAUAUGCUUUUCCAUGUACUCUAAAAGCAGCAACCCUGUUCUUUGUUACAGCUAUUGCCUACAACAAGAUUUUUUCAAAUACUUGCUAGCCAGACAAUUGAAAGCUUGCUUUAUUUUGGUUUUCAAUAUGAUGAUUGCUGUGUGUUUGAAAGUACCUUUUCACAAAAUUAAAAUUGAAUUUGAAAUUGAAAUUGAAUGUUCCCUGGAGCACCAGUUAGCACUGGAUAAAUUUAAUAAACUGAAAUCCAGAUAGAUUGUCACACUCCGUUCCCUCAUGAAGCAGGUGCAGUACUAACACUGACAGUGCUGGCACCUGUGUAAAGCUUUGCAGUGAGGUUCAGCUGAUGAUAAUGAAGAAGGGAUAUCAGUCUUAACAUUCAAUUCUGAUAUUCUGUGGUGAACAAGGACUCUGUACUUCAGAAGAAAAUACAACUUUCCUAGAACCAGCUGCUUUGUGUUCUGAAGCAUUAUUAGAUGAGAUCCACUGCCUGGAUCCUUACAGAGGAAUGAAAGCAGGAAUCAACUUCUUGUGACCUCCUCAGGCACUACUGUGGACCAUGUGAUCUUGUCUGGGCAAGAAAGUUGGCAGUCUGACAAGUGUCUAGAUCUAUGCUUUGUAUCUGGCAGCCCUGUGUGUUAGUGCUGCUUGAGGACAGUUCACCUUUUCAGACAUCUGAUUUAGAUGUUUAAUAAGCAGAUCUCUGACUUUAGCACCUUGAAAAUGUUUAAAGUGUAGAUGGAAGUACAAAAGAGCCCAUGGAAGACAUCCUUUAACACCUGGACAACAACAGCUUCUAUGUAAGAGCAUAGGAAAAUAAACUUAUUUAUUCUUGGUAAGUAUAAAAAUAGAGUGGUAACUGGAAAAGAUCUGGAAAGUUUUGAU